AUGAUUGUGAGGGGAGGGAGUGAGACUCUGAGUGCCUUAUCUUCGUCUACUCUGUAGCGCACACAGAGGGAAACAUUCUUGACUUUGGUCUUAAAGCUCGAGUCUUCUCUCUGCUAACCUCUUUUGCUGAAACAAAACAUAUAUAUAGGAGUUGGGAAACCUCUUCCAAUGGCUAAUUCUUUGUAUUCUGUGCCUGUUUGUUCGUUCAAGUCCCCGAACAAACCAGGGAUUUUAAUUGGCAAUUCGGUUGCUCGGAAGGUUCUUUCGGUGAAUGAAGUGUCUCAAAAGUCUCAAACUGCUAAGUUCCAAUCUUUGGAGGUUAAGGCUACGGGAAGUAAUCCAACAGGAAGUAAUCCAGACACCAAACCAAAUAGCAUAGUCUGUGCUGACUGUGAUGGAAAUGGUGCCAAGUCGUGUCCUCAAUGCCUGGGUUCUGGUGUUAAUUCUGUAGACCACUUCAAUGGACAGUUUAAAGCUGGUGGAUUAUGUUGGCUGUGCAGGGGUAAAAGGGAUGUCUUGUGUGGGAAUUGUAAUGGAGCUGGCUUUCUUGGUGGAUUCAUGAGCACAUUUGAUGAAUAGAAGUUUGCAAAAGUUGGCUUUUCAGUGAAUCGACUGUUUUGUGCUGUGGGUCACCAGAAUUUCUGAAUUUUCUGUGAACAUCAAUAAACAAUUGUAUGUUGAAUUCCUGGCUGCCAGGAUUGGAGAUAUAUUCUGAAUUGCCAUUACGAAACAAUGCUAAAUUUUGUAGUCAAUGAAUUUUGAAUGUCA